AUGAGAUUGGUUUCAACACUCUUUUAUCUUUUCUUGUUUGGUAUUAUAUGGUGUCAACACAUAGUAACAGCUGCAACCAUCCCAGUUACAAAAGUUGUUAUUGUAAAUCAACCAGAUGAUUACAUUAUAUCACCAUUCUACUAUGAAUUACUUACUUUUAACUUUACGUUGCAAGCGUCGAUUAUGACAGCGAUGAAAGUAUCGAUUGCACCAUCGGCCUUGUCGAAAUCAUAUGUUACACAAGUUUCAGCUGAUGGAUACAACCAUGUCUUUACAGUGGAGUCAUCUGAUUUCUUUUCUGGUCAUGAACAACCGUUUACAUUUGUCGUACAAGCCAACAACGAUGUAGUUAUCUUUCUCCCUGCCUAUCAAUUCUACCCGGUCGGGAGACAAAACGACGUCAUGCUCAGUCCCUCUGCUCUGUCAACCGUAUCAUCCUCGACGUAUGGUUUCAUGACAUCGGUUGCAGCAGAGUGUAGAAACAGUCUGUUGUUCAACUAUGCACGUUCGUUUGCAAACCCUUUCCACAGACUAGUACUCGGUAGUCCUCGUCUAGACAACUACAACUAUGUCGUAGACUAUAACCAAACUGAUAUCCUAGUAGGAAUAGCCUAUGCUGGUGCCUCGGUUUCUCCCUAUGUUAUGUCAAGUCUAUACGAUACUCCAAUAACCUAUAGCAGUUCUAAAAAUUGUUUUCAAAUUGCUACUAGUCCAUUAAGCAUGUUGUAUGAACAAAGAAUUUUAAAGGUACCAGUAUAUAUUGGUUUGUUAUAUUCACAGUAUGAUUUUGGAAGUGUAGGUUUAUCCUAUACAUAUGCUUCGUCUCGGGUAUUUGUACCUUACCCAAAGAGAAUCGUAGGAGAGGAAAUCUAUUUUAUUAAAUUUGAGAAACAAAAGGUUGACCCUGCUCUCAAAUUUGAUUUUACUACUUUUUCUCUUGUUGCAACACCCAAUUUAGAUAGUAAUGAUAGUAUCACCACUCCAAAUGUAGUCAUAUCACCAGAUUUACAGGUAAAUAAUAUCUUUCCACAAUGGAACACAAACUUUGGGUCAAUGGGCCCAAGUUAUGGAUUCGGUGUAAAGGUUGAAGCUACAAACUUUAAUUGUUCGUUGUUUUCAUACGUGGCAUACUAUAUCGACCAAACUAUAUUGAUUUACAAAGACAAGGAAAUUGGAAUCCAUUGUAGUGGACAGUAUGCCAAACGUGUCACAUUCCCUUUGGAAUUGGCUUUGGGACCUACAUCUAUUAUCACUGCUGAAAUUGUUUCACAUGAUGGAUCAAAAUAUCAAUUUUCAAUGCAAUUAUCAAUGACAUGGAAAUCAGGAGUACCAAUUUAUACAGCCACUACAUUAAUGCCAACUACACCAACAUCUCAUCGAUCAUUGAUCAAGUAUCAAUCGGGUGCAUCGAUGGUUGGAAUUGUACCAAACACCAAGAUGAAUAUGUAUUUAAGGACUGUAUUGGGUGGCAAUGAAAAAACGUUUGGUGUAGCACAGUCUCCAUCGAGGUAUCCAUUCCAAUAUUUGGGUGCUACCUAUCAGGGAUACAUCGAUUUAUCGUAUCGAUACAUUCACGAUUACGCUGCAUCUAAUGUCACGAUUUUAAUUGCCGAUAGUUACGGUUUUUUGGAUCAAUCCCCCGAUGACAGUCCUCACAACAUUUCAACUGAUGUGAUCAACCCAAUAUUCAAAUUCAAGGCAGUUUAUGAAGAUGUCAACAGUGGUGGUGAAGUAUCAUACUUUUUAGUCACUGUCAAGGAUCAGUCGGGUAUUGGUGAGGCGUCCCCCAGUACAGUCGUCAUGUCAGGUCAGACAUUCAAGUUUACAUCGGCCAAUCGUAUCAGGGGUGAUGCCAAGGAUGGAGAAUACUACUUCCCAUUCACAUACAAACGUGUAGAAUGCGUACCACCACAUGUCAGUCUUCAAGACAUCCGUUCCAACUUGAUUAGUGUUAAUGCCACCUCACCAGGUGGUAACAUUAUAUUUGACGUACCUUCAACUUGUCCAAACCAUCAUCGUGUAAGACCACUACACAUUGACUAUCAACUACAAGCAAACAACUCUGUUGUGUUUACAGUCACUCUACUCAGUGCAAAUUUUGCAUCCAAUUCAAUCACCGCUGUAGCUCUUUUUAUCUACACUGACAAGGAAAACACGUCUCCCUAUAUAUCUGUCCCACUGACAUAUGACUAUUCAACCUACAGCCUCUACACCUACACCAAACAAUACCAAUUCGCUCCAGUAACUUCAUCCACCACCUAUUACUUUGGACUUUUCCUAGCUAUCAAUGGAACCAUUCAACCAACACUCUCAACAUCCGAUCUCCUCUACUACACCACUCCAUCCUAUUCCUCUUCUGCCUCCAAGGUAGCAUCUAGUGAGUUAUCAAUCAACAUUAAACCAAUUGGAUAUGUUCCAUGGAUUCUUUAUGUCGCUGAUGGUGGUUCAAAUAUAUUUAAAGUCGGUAUAACAACUAGUUGGAGCAAUAUGAAGAAUAUGACAGUUGCACUUCUCUAUCCAUCAUCACCAUACCCAACUAGAUCAGUAUGGUACCAAGGUAAUGCAACCGUUGGAAAUGAAAUUCAACUACCAAUUAUUGUUGGUCUAUGUGGUCAACACUAUAAUGUAUAUGUUGAACAAGCAUGUGAUAAUACCAAUUAUUGUGAAUCAUAUCCAAUGUUUUCACUUUAUAAAAUAUUUAAUUAUAAUUUAAAGUGUGAUUUAGAAUAUGAUUAUACUCAAAAUGUAAUUGUAGGUGGAACAUUUAAUCAAACGUCAUUGGAUGUAUCAAGUGAAUUUAGAAGUGUACUUUAUACUUUUAAGCUAAAAGUUGAUAAUGCUUCAGUUGUAUUAAAUACCUUUGAAAAUCCACCAAUUGUCUAUCUCACAGAAUACGAAUCAAAUGAUCAAAUUUCAUUUGUAUCUAGAAUCAAAAGUACAACCCCUGCUCCAAUCUAUGAAGCCAUACUCAAUAUUCCUCUUAAUUGGGGUUUGCGUGGUUAUAAUUUAGGUGUUUGGAGAAUUGUUGAUGCUUUGGGUGGUGUAUUUGGAACUGAUACUCCCGCCAAUCCUCAACCAUUAAAUUUAUUUUCUUUAUCUUAUAAUUUAAAGAGACCAAAUAUUUGGAAAUAUGUAUUAAGUAAAAGAGGAGAUUCGAUUCUAUUAUCUGGAUCUGGAUUUGGAUAUGAAAGAGAUAAUAUUACAGUCAAUGGAAAGUUGGCUAAAUUUCAAUUCACAAAAUCAGAUACACAAGGUGUCAUUUCAUUGGUCGGCUUGAAUAUUCCAGUUGGAACACAACUCAAUGUUACAUUUGGCAGUGUGUAUAGUUUUAUUAUUGGUGGAAAUGCGUCACCAGUAUGUCCAAAUAAUUGUAGUGGUCAUGGUCAAUGUCUAACAGGAAAUAUGUGCGUGUGUGAUUUGGGAUGGGGAUUGAUGGAUUGCUCCAAAUAUCUUGUCUACCAAUGUCCAAACAAUUGUACAAGUCAUGGUCAAUGUAUUGAUUCUAUUUGUAGUUGCAGUAGUAAUUAUACAGGAUCUGAUUGUUCAACUCUUGUUGACACACACAGUACAUACAAUGUAACAGUAUCACCAGGUGAUCCAACCAGUACUUUUACAGGUUUUCAAAACAACAACAACACUGGUACUACUCCAACCGAUCCAACCAAACUUGUCAAUGAUAAAUCAAAAGAGACAACAUUUACAAUUAAACUCAUUGCUAUUGAAGAGUUUGAUUUCACAGGUGAAUUGUUACGAGUUCACAGUCUUGGUAAUUGGCAACUUCAAGAAAGGAAUGAAACCUAUGCUUACUAUUUAUUGCCACUUGCCAACAACACUGGUAAUGUAACAGUCAGUGUUUAUACAUUUGCAGAGGCAAGUGAAAUUUCAAAUACUUUGCAUCGAUCAAGUCAUACCAGUUCCUAUCAUCACUCAGCACAAUUCAAUUUAGUUUGGAGUUCAGAAGCAAUACCAGGAGUACCAAUCUGCUCCACCUAUGAUAACAUUGAUGUUGGUGGUGAACAAUCAGAUGCACAUUACAUCAAAGUAGGAGCCAAUCAACUAUCACUCUAUGGUCGUUUCUCUGAUCAGAUUUUAGUUGAUGGUAAAAAAACAGUGACCAACAACAUUGUCUCUUACUCUGAUACCAACAAAACAACUAUAUUUAUUCGUACUGCUAUCCCUCAUUUUAAUAAUCUUGUCGAUGUUGAUCCUGAUUUUUCAGUUUUAAUUGAUUAUGAUCAAGAUACAUCAGAUUGUGGAGAAACUAAAACAAAAGAGAAAUUUGAAACAUGGAAGAUUGCUGUAAUAGUUGCUGUUGUUGGUGCUGCCAUUUUAGUAGUCGCUGCCAUCACAAUCAUCAAAAAGAAUAUGUAUAUUAGAACAAAGAUCUCACAACUUCGUCGAUCUAAAAAUAUCAAACUUAUCACAAAAGUUGUUUUUGUUAAUCAACCAGAUGAUUAUAUUAUAUCACCAUUCUACUAUGAAUUACUUACUUUUAAUUUAACGUUGGAUACGUCAGUAACGAUACCUAUGACGGUAUCGAUUACACCAUCAUCCGUACAGAGAUCAUAUACUACACAGGCUUCAGCUGAUGGAUUCACUCAUUCAUUCGUAGUGCCGUCAAAUGAUUUCUUUACUGGUACUGAACAACCGUACACCUUUAUCGUACAAGCCACCAACUAUGACAUUGUCUUUAACCCUCUCUACCAAUUCUACCCGGUCGGGAGACAAAACGAUGUCAUGCUCAGUCCCUCUGCUCUGUCAACCGUAUCAUCCUCGACGUAUGGUUUCAUGACAUCGGCUGCACCAGAGGGUCGAAAUAGUCUGCUCAUCAACUAUGCUCGUUCGUUUGCAAACCCUUAUCACAGACUAGUACUCGGUGAUGCUCGUCUAGACAACUACAACUAUGUCGUAGACUAUAACCAAACUGAUAUCCUCUUAGGAAUUGCCUAUGCACUUGCUGGUGGCUCUAUUUCCCCUUAUAUCAUGUCAGGUCUAUACGAUACCCCAAUAUACUAUAGCAAUGUUUUAAAUUGUUUUCAAAUUACUACUAGUCCAUUAAACAUGUUGUACGAACAAAGAGUUUUAAAUGUACCAGUUGUAGGUUUAUCCUAUACAUAUGCUUCGUCUCAGGUAUUUGUACCAUACCCAAAGAGAAUCGUAGGAGAGGAAAUCUAUUUUAUUAAAUUUGAGAAACAAAAGGUUGACCCUGCUCUCAAAUUUGAUUUUAUGACCUUUACUCUUUCUGCAACACCCAAUUUAGAUAGUAAUGGUACAAUCACUGGCAAUUGGAUUUUCAUGCAAACUACAGAUUUAAAUGAAUAUAAUAUCUUUCCACAAUGGAAUACAAACUUUGGGUCAAUUGGUCCGAGCUAUGGAUACACAAUCUCGGCUGAAGUCCAAAAUUUUGAUUGUUCGAUGUACUCUUAUGCUUCUUACUUUGUCGAUCAAACUAUUUUGAUUUACAAAGACAAGGAGAUGGCCAUCCAUUGUGGAAGAAACUAUAUCAAACGUGUCUCUUUCCCUUUGGACCUUGUAUUGGGUUCAAAAGUUAAUAUCAAUAUAAUAUUUGUUACACGUGAUGGAGAAUCUCAUCAAAAUCCUCGAAGUUUUACAAUGACAUGGAAAUCAGGAGUACCAUCUUAUACAGUCAUUUCAUUAAUGCCAACUACACCAACAUCUUAUCGAACAUUGAUCAAGUAUCAAUCGGGUGUAUCGAUGGUUGGAAUUAUACCAAACACCAAGAUGAAUAUGAAUAUAAGGACUGUAUUGGGUGGCAAUGAAAAAACGUUUGGUGUAGCGCAGUCUCCAUCGAGGUAUCCAUUCCAAUAUUUGGGUGCUACCUAUCAGGGAUACAUCGAUUUAUCGUACCGAUACAUUCACGAUUACGCUGCAUCCGAGUUCAAAAUUACUAUUGCCGAUACCUACAGUUAUUUCGAUCAACUACAAGAUAACCGUCCUCACAACAUUUCAACUGAUGUGAUCAACCCAAUAUUCAAAUUCAAGGCAGUCUGUGAAGAUGUCAACAGUGGUGGUGAAGUAUCAUACUUUUUAGUCACUGUCAAGGAUCAGUCGGGUAUUGGUGAGGCGUCCCCCAGUACAGUCGUCAUGUCAGGUCAGACAUUCAAGUUUACAUCGGCCAAUCGUAUCAGGGGUGAUGCCAAGGAUGGAGAAUACUACUUCCCAUUCACAUACAAACGUGUAGAAUGUGUACCACCACAUGUCAGUCUCCAAGACAUCCGUUCCAACUUGAUUAGUGUUAAUGCCACCUCACCAGGUGGUAACAUUAUAUUUGACGUACCUUCAACUUGUCCAAACCAUCAUCGUGUCAGACCUCUACACGUAGACUAUAAAACACAACAAGCAAACAACAAUGUAUUGCUUACAGUCACUCUACUCAAUCCAGAUUUUACAUACACUACAAUCACUUUGGUAACUCUUUUAAUCUACUCUGACAAGGAAAACACCAAUCUGAUUGCAUCUGUCCCACUGACAUUGGGAUAUUCAACCUAUAGUCUCUUCACGUACACCAAAUUAUACCAAUUCGCUCCAGUAUCUUCAUCCUCUACCUUUUAUUUUGGACUUUUCCUCAAUGUCAAUGGAACGGUCCAACCAACACUAUCAACAUCCGAUCUUCUCUACUACACCACUCCAUCCUAUUCAUCUGGUCCCUCCAAGGUAGCAUCUAGUGAGUUAUCAAUCAACAUUAAACCUAGUGGAUUUGUUCCAUGGAUUCUUACUGCUGAUGGUGGUACAAAUAUAUUUAAGGUCAGUAUAUCAACCAACAGUUGGAGUAAUAUGAAGAAUAUGACAGUUGCACUUCUCUAUCCAUCAUCACCAUACCCAACUAGAUCAGUAUGGUACCAAGGUAAUGCAACCGUUGGCCCAGAAGUUCAAUUCCCAGUCACUUUUGGUCUAUGUGGUCAACACUACAUUAUGUAUGUUGAACAAGCAUGUGAUAAUACAAAUUAUUGUGAAUCAUACCCAAUGUUUUCACUUUAUAAAAUGGUUGGUUAUACUAAUAAGUGUGAUUUAGAAUAUGAUUAUACUCAAAGAGUAGUUGUAAGUGGAACAUUUAAUCAAAGUUCAUUGGAUGUAUCAAGUGAGUUUAGAAGUGUACUUUAUACUUUUACGGUUCAACAUGAGAAUGCUUCAGUUGUAUUAAAUACCUUUGAAAAUCCACCAAUUGUCUAUCUCACAGAAUACGAAUCAAAUGAUCAAAUUUCAUUUGUAUCUAGAAUCAAAAGUACAGCUCCUGAUCUAAUAUAUGAGGCCACACUCAACAUUCCUCUUAAUUGGGGUUUGCGUGGUUAUAAUUUAGGUGUUUGGAGAAUUGUUGAUGCUUUGGGUGGUGUAUUUGGAACUGAUACUCCCACCAAUCCUCAACCUUUAAAUUUAUUUUCUUUGUCUUAUAAUGCAAAGAGACCAAAUAUUUGGAAAUAUUCAUUGGAUCCAGUAACAAAACAGAUAAAGAUGGAAGGUUCUGGAUUUGGAUAUGAAAGAGAUAAUAUAAAGAUUAAUGGUCAACCAGCUUCACUUUUGUUUACAAAAUCAGAUACUCAAUUUAUUAUUCAAUCAAAUGUUGCCUUGCCACCAUUACCAUUCAAUGUUACAUUUGGUAGUGUGUAUAGUUUUAUCAUUCGUAGUGGAGGUGGUGGAAAUGUGUCACCAGUAUGUCCAAAUAAUUGUAGUAGCCAUGGAGAUUGUUUGGCUGGAAAUUUAUGCCGUUGUCAAUUGGGAUGGGGAUUGGAUGAUUGUUCAAAAUACCUUGUCUACCAAUGUCCAAACAAUUGUACAAGUCAUGGUCAAUGUAUUGAUUCUAUUUGUAGUUGCAAUAGUAAUUAUACAGGAUCUGAUUGUUCAACUCUGGUUGACACACACAGUACAUACAAUGUAACAGUAUCACCAGGUGAUCCAACCAGUACUUUUACAGGUUUUCAAAACAACAACAACACUGGUACUACUCCAACCGAUCCAACCAAACUUGUCAAUGAUAAAUCAAAAGAGACAACAUUUACAAUUAAACUCAUUGCUAUUGAAGAGUUUGAUUUCACAGGUGAAUUGUUACGAGUUCACAGUCUUGGUAAUUGGCAACUUCAACAAAAGAAUGAAACUUUUUCCAAUUAUCUUCUGCCUCUCAUCAACGAUACUGGUAAUGUAACAGUCAGUGUUUAUACAUUUGCCGAAGCAAGUGAGAUUGUUUGGUUGAAUAGUACAAUCAAGAUUCCACCUCGAUCAGUCAAAUACUUUGCAUCGAUCAAGUCAUACCAGUUCCUAUCAUCACUCAGCACAAUUCAAUUAGUUUGGAGUUCAGAAGCAAUACCAGGAGUACCAAUCUGCUCCACCUAUGACAACAUUGAUGUUGGAGGUGAACAAUCAGAUGCACAUUACAUCAAAGUAGGAGCCAAUCAACUAUCACUCUAUGGUCGUUUCUCUGAUCAGAUUUUAGUUGAUGGUAAAAAAACAGUGACCAACAACAUUGUCUCUUACUCUGACACCAACAAAACAACUAUACUUAUUCGUACUGCUAUCCCUCAUUUUAAUAAUCUUGUCGAUGUUGAUCCUGAUUUUUCGGUAUUAAUUGAUUAUGAUCAAGAUACAUCAGAUUGUGGAGAAACUAAAACAAAAGAGAAUUCAUUUGAAACAUGGAAGAUUGCUGUAAUAGUUGCUGUUGUUGGUGCUGCCAUUUUAGUAGUACUUUUCAUCACAGUCAUCAAAAAGAAUAUACCAUCAACUUAUUCAUCACCAUCAUUCCUCAUAUUUGCAUUAAUUCUAUUCGAGUCGAAAAAUAGAGCUUAUGCACAAAAUCUUCCCCCUGAUGAAUUGGAUGCUUGUUAUUGGUUGAUUAGACAGUAUGGAUUACCGACUCAACAAAAUGAAGCGGCCAUCUGUGCAGACUCUGAAAGGUUCACUUGUCACCAAGGUCUUGAUGGAUACCAUGUAAUCAGAAUUAAUGCCGUAACUGAUGAAUUUAUAAAUCAGGGCGCUCCCGAUGCAGCCAUCGGAUCAUUAGCACUCCCCAAUUUAAAUUCAUUUAUAACUGAUGAUGAUUCGGUGGAAUCUAUUCCAAAUGGAUUCUCACUUAAUAUGCCAGUUGUACGAACUAUUUAUUUGGAAGAUUGUGAUGCUUUGGAAUCGUUAGGGAAUUUCUUUAAUGGCUCGAGUGCAUAUCAAAUCUUUGUCUCUGGUGAGAAUAUACUUGGUGGUGUCACGAUUGACCAAUCCAGCUAUUACCCAAGUGUAGCAGCUAUUAGGGUGUCGAUCAAUCCCACUACUCCUUUUACUUCUUCCAAUUCUCUUGUAUUUACACCUAAAUCAUUUCCGGUAUUAGCUGAUUUGACAAUAUCAUCAAAUGGAAGAAUUACAGUAAAUGUUACAAUUAAUAUUCCAACACUUGUAACUUUGAAAUUGUUGGCAUUAGGUUCCGAAUCACCAUCUUUUAAUCCGACCAUUGUCAAUGCCUCUAAAAUUACAUAUUUACUUUUACCUGGAUCCAAUUUUGAAACUAUACCCAAUAUAGUUUUACCACCAACCGUUUAUUCAUAUAAUUUAAGAGACCAACAAAACUCUUUAAAAACAGUACCAUGGACUAUUUUUUCAAAUUUAAAAAAUUCGGUUAUUAAUUUAGAAGAUAAUUCUCUUUUAACUGGAACAGUACCUGAUUUCAUAUGUGCCAAUAGAUUACGUAUUUCAAAUACAUUAAUAUCAAAGAUACCAGAUUGUUAUUGGUGUUAUUAUCAAGACCCUAAUAUUAUAUCAACUAGUUUACAAAAACUUGGAAGUUUUUAUUGUAAUAUCACAUUUGAAAAGAAUGUAGGGAUUGUUGAAGGAAUUGGAAAAAUAGUAGGUGAUAACCUAGGUUUUGGUAAUAAUAUAGAUCUUAUUCCAGUGGUUGGAAACAAAAUUAUAGCAUUAAAUUAUCCAUUAUUAACAACAUUUAAUCCAUUGAAUUUAAAUGUAACAUUGAAUCAAGUAAUGGGAUAUACUAUUGAAUUGACACUUUACAAGGCUGACCUUGUAUAUAGUACAACCUAUUCGGAAAUUUCAUAUUCAUUUUCAGUGGCAUUUGACAGUGUAAUAACCAACCCAAACUUGGUAACCAAUGUAUACUUUAUCAAUCUUGAUCAUUUCAAUAUUACCUAUACAUGUACUGCCUACAUUGACGCUCUGAGUACACUACGUUGUGAUUCACCAUCGGAUUUAGUGUAUGGUAAUUAUUAUAUCUUGGCAAGAAAUAGUUAUAAUCAAGUUGGAAUGAGUGCUCCAGUUGGUGAUUUUGGUAAAAUCACCUAUCCAUUGGUCACCUCUGGAUCCGUCCAUCAAUCACUACAAUCAGAUCUUCCACUCAUCCGAUUGAAUGGAUUCUUUGGAGCCGCUGGCAACAAGAUUGAAUGGGUAACAGUCAAGUUGAAUAAUAGUAAUAGUAUAAUAUGUACACCAACAUUUAGAAAUUCUUCAACUAUUGAUUGCACCGUCCAAUCAACUCUACCACCCGGUCUAAUCACCAUUAAUCUAUCGGUAGACAAUUAUACAGCCACCCUCAACAACUUGAUUGUUAUCCUACCACCACCAUCCCAAUCUCUACAAGACCAAUGCCAAGCAACAACCAAUAAUUGUAAUGGUAAUGGUCAAUGUACUACAUUUGGCAUAUGUGUUUGUAAUCAAGGUUAUUAUGAUGAUUGUAAAUUUAAAUUGAAUCCAAAUGUAACAUUUGUACCAAAUAUAACCAAACCAGUGGCAUCAUUUGAUUUGGAUGGAUAUAGAUUUGAUUUUGCAUUAGUGUCUGUUCAGGAAUUGGAUAUUGACGAUAACGUUGUACAAGAGGUGUUGGUUGAUCAAUGGAAUGUCACUGAUCUGUCUGAUGGUGCUGGGUUGACAUCGGUGCACUACAAAUUAUUGAUUAAUAGUACUUUGAACCCUACUUUGGCAUUGGUCAAUGUCACCACUCUUAUUGAACACUCUCUGCAAGACAGACAGGUUCCAUUUGGUGAUUCAAUCGUAUCUAUCGGACCAAAUAGUAUAAAGGUGGGAUUAAACAUUACCGGGUGGCAGUACACCUCGGUCUUGUCACAUCUCCGUGUUGUAUUCUCUACCAUUGUCAACACCCAACAAACUACUAUCGAGUCAUGCUCGUCAGAUAGUGUUCCAACCUUUCAAGAGGUUGUUGGUAGUGACAGCUAUCUUCGAGUCAUUCACAAUGACACACAAUUUUAUGGUCGAUUCCUAUCCUACUCUUUUUCAGAUGGUAAACGAUCGUAUUCGAGAAAUCAAUUGGUCAAUCAGACAACUAUACCCAAUCGAUCCAAUGAAUCAUUGGCAUUGAUUGGUAUCAAUCUCAAUCAAUGUCAGCAGUGUCUAUUAGACCCCGACUUUUUUGCAUUGAUUGCUGAUCGACCCGCUGGCAACCAACAAGUCGACUGCUCGUCACCGUCGUCAUCAUCCAACACAUGGAAGAUCAUCGUCGGUGCAACAAUUGGUGGAGUCGUUUUUAUCGCACUCGUCGUAGCAUCUGCUCUCUACCUACGUAACAGUAAUUCAUUCAGAUUCCGUGUAUCAUCCAUAAAGAAAAAGAUUUUAAUGAAAAAAUUAAACAACAAUUAA